AUGGCUGUCUCCGCGCCGCCCGUCAUCGCCGCAACUUCCAGCGGUGGCGCGGGGGGCUCGGCGGGCUCGGCGGGCUUGUUCCGGGCGGACCCGCUGUACUCCAGCCCCGCGGAGUCCCCGCGCCUCACCAACAGCCUCGUCAACAGUUUCCUCUCCGCCGGCAGCGGCGGGGCCGGCGCGGGCGGCGGCGGCGGGGGCGGCGGCAACGAGUGUAAGAUGGUCGACCUGCACGGGGUGAAGGUAGCCUCGUUCCUCGUGGAGGGGCAGGAGCUGAUCUGCCUGCCGCAGGUCUUUGAUCUCUUCCUCAAGCACCUGGUGGGAGGGCUGCACACGGUCUACACCAAGCUGAAGCGGCUGGAUAUAUCGCCCGUGGUGUGCACGGUGGAGCAGGUCCGCAUCCUGCGGGGGCUGGGGGCCAUCCAGCCCGGCGUCAACCGUUGCAAGCUCAUCACCAGGAAGGACUUCGAAACUUUGUACAACGACUGCACCAACGCGAGCUCACGACCAGGAAGACCCCCCAAGCGUUCACUAGGAGUUGCGAUACAAGAAAAUGCACGUCUUCUGCCCCAUGGAGUUCCAGGCCUCUUAUCACCAGGACUUAUCUCUCCGACAGGUCUGACAGCAGCUGCCAUGGCAGAGGCUAUGAAGUUACAGAAAAUGAAGCUUAUGGCAAUGAAUAGCCUUCAUGGAAGUGGAAGUCAAAACGGAACAGAAUCAGAAAAUGAAGAGCUCAAUUCUAAUGCAGGUGGGAGUGAAUCCUCCUGGGAUAAAGACAAGCUUCAGUCUCCCAUUACAACAGGAUCACAGCAUAGCAUUGGUCAUCCCACGCUGUCAGGACAGUCGAGCCUUGGAAGUGCGCACCCGCUCAGUCCUCUCCAGCAGAAUCACCUGCUCACCAACAGGAUAGACCUGCCGUUUAUGAUGAUGCCCCACCCUCUGCUUCCCGUCAGCCUACCUCCCGCUUCGGUUGCAAUGGCAAUGAAUCAGAUGAACCACCUCAAUACAAUAGCUAACAUGGCUGCAGCAGCCCAAAUGCACAGUCCUCUUUCCAGGGCAGGGGCCUCUGUUAUAAAGGAAAGGAUUCAAGACAGCCCUUCUCCAGCUCCAUCUCUAGAAGACAGUCAGCGGCCUGGGAGCCACGCUUCCUCCCAUCAGAGCAGCAGCGUGUCCAGCUCGCCGUCCCAGUUGGACAACACACCAGACAGAAUUGCUAUGCUGACCAACAGCAGGGAAGGAGAACUCAUUGAUCAAGAAACUGGGAGCAGCCUAAAAAAAAUACAAAAGGAGAAAGUCACUGUUUUAUAUGAUUCCAGCACCUACUCAACAGAAAGCUGGCCAAGAAGAAUUCAUCUCUGCAGCAACUCAGAAACCAUAGAGCAUCAGCAUAUGUCUUUUGCUUCCCCGAGGAAAUCCAGGACUUUAUUCUACCAAAAAGAGUACCAAGAAGAAGAGGUCCAAAUUGCCAUUCCAAUAAUGAAACCAACCUUAGAUAAAGUCCAACUGGCUGGACAGGCCUUGCCUCCUGGAUUUCCGGCGCCAUUUCUUUUUGCUGAUGGUCUUUCAUCAGUAGAAACACUAUUAACCAACAUUCAGGGCCUACUGAAAGUGGCUGUGGACAAUGCGAGAGUCCAGGAAAAGCAGAUACAGCAGGAAAAGAAAGAGUUAAAGAUGGAGCUUUGUAGAGAGAGAGAACUAAGAGAGAGCUUGGAAAGGCAACUCACAGCUGAGCUGCAAAGCAGAGCAACAAUUCAGAAACGCUUGAAGAAAGAAAAAAAGGCAAAGAGAAAAUUGCAGGAAGCUUUGGAAUUUGAAUCAAAGAGAAGAGAACAAGUGGAACAGGCGCUUAAACAGGCCACAUCAGGUGACGGUCUCAGGAUGUUAAAUGAUGCUGGAAUCCCAGAUAUGGAAAUAGAACACAACGGAACCCAACAUGACAGUGCGGCAAUGCAAGAAAACAGAACAUACAUCAAACCUACUAUUAUGUACUGAAGGAAACACCUAUUGUUGAAAAACAUAUAAUGACCACUAUUUGAAGACUAUAUAGUUCAUGAAAAACGUCCCUUCCAACCUUUGAUGCCUUCAGUACUGUGUGAAGAACAGGAUUUGUAGCAUGAAACUUGAAGGACAAUUUCAAGCAAUUUACUGUUGCUGCAUCGAAAACUGCCGUAUUAAGAAAUACUGAGACUUUUUACAAGCUUACCAUACCAAACCAAGCCUGUUGCAACAGAUCAUUUUUAGGUCCCCGGAGAUAGAAAGGAGUUGUAGUAUUUUUAAGCACAUGCAGGAAUUAUUCCCCCUUCCCCCCCAAAAAGAACUUUUUUUUUUUUUUAAAGGAGGUAGCUAUUACUGUAUAGCAAUGGCACAAUGAUUUUAAGCCACAAAGGUCCUCACUGGCUGUACAUCAUACAAGCCCAGUUUAUCACUGAAACUGUUCAACAUGGAGCUGUUUCGAUUGUGUUUAUAAAUUAAGCUUUGUUUACUGAAGCAGAUACUCGAUAUAUAUUACGUUUUAAAAAGAAAUGUGUGUACAUUUUUUAAAAGAAUGAUGUAAAAAUUGUCCUUUCAUUAGAUGACCAAUUCAAAAGUGUGAGCUAAACCCUAAUAGCUGACGUAAUAUGAGGAUUAUAAUUGAUGCUUUUUUUUUAUGCUCAGUUCAGCUUGGCUUUUGGUCUUUUAAGAUGAAAAAAUGAAUAUGCAGUAGAGUGUUAGAUAAUGGAAACUUUUAAGUAUGGUUUCUCUGUUGUACCAUAUUAAGUUAAAGUACACAUUCUUUGUUAAAAAUGUUCUUGCUAAAAAUACAGUAUUAAAAAUUUUUUUGUUUGACUUUGGAAA